AUGGCCACCGGACAAGCCCUCCUGCUGUUAAUACUCAUCGGAGUAGCCGAGCCCGGGGCAGGUCGAUGCCCUGCCUGCGAGAUGGCAGCCCUGGACCCAGGCGUGCAGAAGGCGUUCCUCAUUGAGCUAGCAAAGCAGAGUAUUCUCUCCAAGCUGCACUUGAAGGAGCGACCCAAUGUGACCCAGCCAGUCUUCAGCGCUGGCCUCCUGACAGCUCUGGGGAGGCUCCGUGUCGGGCGCACGACCCCGAGCGUCACGUUGGAGAUGCCGAGCCAGAGCCCCAAGACGGAUGAGCAAGACUAUGAGAUUCUCAGCUUUGCUGAGCCAGGGCCCUCCGCUCCCAACAGGACACGUCUGCACUUCCACUUCACCCAGGAUGCCGGCAGAAGCGUGCAAAUCCUCCAUGCCGACAUGUACGUGUUCCUGGCAGCCCCCGGUGGCCCCGCGUGCAGGGUCACGGCAAAGCUGCUGUUGUCCGAGCCGGGCGAUGCAAACCCGACGCUGGUCGGCAGGAGGCAGCUGGAGGUGAAGCGGGGAGGCUGGGCCGCAAUGGAGGUGAGGACAGCUGUCCAGAGCUUCUUCAGCAAAGGCAGCCAGAGACUAACGGCGGAGCUGGAGCUUGAAGGAAGCCUGGAGCCUGCCCUGCUUCUCAGCAGCAGCGACUCUCACCGGCCGUUCAUCGUGGCCAAGGCCCGGGCCAGGCCCCGACACCGGAUUCGCCGCCGGGCCGUCGAGUGCAAUAGCAAGUCCAGGACGUGCUGCAGGAAGCAGUUCUUCGUUGACUUCAAGGAGAUCGGCUGGGAGGACUGGAUCAUCCAGCCGGAGGGCUACCGCAUGAACUACUGCACGGGGCCCUGCCCCACCCACGUGGCCGGCAUGCCCGGCCUGGCCUCCUCCUUCCACACAGCCGUCCUGAAUCUCAUCAAGGCCAACGACGCGCAUGCCGCCUUCAGCUCCUGCUGCGUCCCCACGCGCCGCCGGCCCCUCUCUCUGCUCUACUACGACCAGGACAACAACGUCGUCAAGACCGACAUCCCCGACAUGAUCGUGGAUGCCUGCGGCUGCACCUAA